ACCUCCGCGGGGAUGCCGGGGAUGCCUGUAGAGGAGCGGGCGGCACACAGGCUGUCCUUAUACCGGCCGCUCCGAUCUCAGUCCGUCCGUCCGAGCGGCGCCAUGCUCGGGCUCCUCCGCCUGCUGAGCCUCCUGAUUCCAGUGUCCAUGGCCGGCUCCUCGUCCGCCCCGGCGGGGUGUCUAGUGAAGACGGUCACCGUGUCCACACUGCCGGCACUGAGGGAGCGGGAGCUGAGCUGGAGCGGCGCCGUGUCCUCCCUCCAUCCCGGGGAUUCCCGUCUUCCUCUCCACAUCCACAGUGAGGCGCCAGGGAGCGUGUCCGUGAGGGAUGACCUGCACAACACCGAGCCGCCCUACUUCACCCUGGAGAUGUCUGGCACCGGUGAUGACCUCUCACUUGUAUAUUGGACGCAGAAAUGGUUGGAGAAUGGGACCCUUUAUUUCCAUGUAUCAUUGAAUAUGAGGGAACAUACUUCAAUCAGUACCUCCCCAACCAUGGCAGAGCCUGUGCAAGAACUGGAUGAACAACUUCACGUUCUACAUGUAUCGGUCAUGGGAGGACUGAUCGCGCUGCUUUUACUGCUGCUCAUUUUCUCAUUUGCACUAUUUGCUCAGCGGCGCUGGCACAAGCGAAGACGGAUACCACAAAAGAGCGCCAGCACCGAAGCCACUCACGAGAUCCAUUACAUCCCGUCCGUAUUGCUGGGUCCACCGUCAAGAGACUUUCGCUCAUCCAAAUUGCAGCCUCACAGCUCGGUGUUGAGGAUGUCCAUCCGGGAGACCCCGAUUCUGGAUGAUUAUGACUGUGAUGAGGAAGAUACGCCGAGGUGUACGGAAAGAAGACCGAAGAUGGACUGCAAAAAGCAAGCAACCCAGGAAAGAGAGGACAAAAGGCACUUACAAAAAAGAGAUCCAAAGAGGAUCCUGAAGUCAGAAGAGAACUCGGGAUCCGAGACAGGAGAUGAGGCCCAGUUGACUAUCUGGGAACGGCAGCAUGAAAAUCAUCAAAGAAGCAAAGGUGCCUUGAAGAGUCCGCUGAGCCGAACAGCCCUGACAUUGGUCGGGGUGAGUGCCUGCGUCUUGGCUGUGGUGUGUGGGUCGCAAAUAUCCUGUCCACUCACAGUGAAGGUCACACUACAUGUGCCAGAGCAUUUCAUCGCCGAUGGCAGCAGCUUUGUAAUCACGGAAGGCAGCUAUCUCGAUAUAUCUAACUGGGUAAACCCAGCCAAGCUUUUUCUCUACUAUCAAGUAAAUGCCACCUCUCCUUGGGUGCGGGAUCUUUGUGGCCAAAGAACUAUAGAUUCCUGUGAACAGAUCUGUGACCCAGAGACAGGUGAAUGUAGCUGCCACGAAGGUUACGCUCCAGAUCCCAACCAUCCGCACCUGUGUAUACGCAGUGACUGGGGACAGAGUCAAGGCCCAUGGCCGUACAACACCCUGGAAAAAGGUUAUGAUUUGGUGACUGGACAACAAGCGCCCGAGAAGACCCUCAGGUCCACAUACAGCUUGGGCCAAGGCGUAUGGCUCCCUGUCAGCAAAAGCUUUGUGGUCCCUCCGAUGGAGCUAUCGAUCAGUCCGCUGGCCAGCUGUAAGACCGACGUGCUUGUUACAGAAGAUCCCGGGGAUGUCCGGCAAGAAGCCCUUUUGGCAACCCACUUUGAAACAGUUGAUGACCUGCUCUCUUCCUUUGGACCGGUUCGUGAUUGCUCGUUCAGCAAUGGAGGCUGUUCACGGAAUUUCAAGUGCGUCUCGGAGCGUAAAGUGGACACCACUGGAUGUGUGUGUCCUGCAGGUCUGAAGCCGAUGAAGGAUGGAAGCGGCUGCUAUGAAUACAGCAAAGGAAUCGACUGUUCAGACGGGACUAAUGGAGGCUGCGAACAAUUAUGUCUCCAGCAGAUGAUUUCCCUCCCCAAUAAUCCCAGCGAGAGCGCCAUAUACAUGUUUUGCGGCUGCGUUGAAGAAUACCGAUUGGCCAUCGAUGGCAGAUCUUGCAUAUUGGUAUCGGACAUGUGUGAAGGGGCCAGAUGUUUACGACCAGAAAGUCACCUGAACAACACACUGUUUGGGGAGAUGCUUCAUGGAUUUGACAACAAGACCCAAAGAGUCAACCAAGGUCAAGUUUUCCAGAUGAGUUUCAGAGAGAAUAACUUCAUUAAAGAUUUCCCACAGCUGGCCGACGGACUUCUUGUCAUCCCGCUCCCUGUAGAAGAACAGUGCAGAGGUGUCCUUUCCGAGCCAAGACCCGACAUAUUGCUGCUUACAGGUGAAGUUCGGUACAAUGAGGCCAUGGGGUAUCCGGUGGUCCAGCAGUGGAGAGUGCAGAGCAACUUGUAUAAAGUCAAACUCAACUCCAUAUCUCUGUCUGCAGGAUUUGCCAAUGUUCUCAAGGUCAUAAGUUCCCACAGCAGUCGAGAAGAGUUGCAGAGCAUACUCCAAACGUACGGGACGCAUUACAUUUCCGAGGCGCUCUACGGUUCGGAACUCACGUGUACCAUCCGAUUCCCAAGCAAGAAAGUCCAGCAACAGCUUUGGCUCCAGUACCAAAAGGAAACAACUGAACUGGGCAGCAAGAAGGAACUGAAAUCCAUGCCGUUCAUCACUUACCUCUCGGGGUUGCUGACGGCUCAGAUGCUCUCAGAUGACCAACUUAUCCUGGGGGUAGAAAUCCACUGCGAAGAGAAAGGCCGCUGCCCGGCAAGCUGCCACCUGUGCCGACGGGCCGGCAAGGAACAAAUCAGCCCUAUCCCGGUUCUCUUGGAAAUUAACCGGAUCACUCCCCUGUAUAAUUUAAUUCAAGAUAAUUCUACACGAGAGGUGUUCAAAAAUGCAUUUAUGAGCUUAUACUGGUGUACCGGGAAAGGAGAAGUCAUCGAUGAUUGGUGCCGGUGUGACCUUACUGCCUUUGAUGAGAAUGGAUUGCCCAACUGCAGUCCACUUCCUCCACCCGUGUUUCGCCUUUCUCCCAGUAUGGAGCCUUCAAGCAACGUGGUGGCUCUCGAAUGGCUGGAUGUUCAAGCGACUAUAGGAACCAAAGUUUCAGAUUAUAUCCUCCACCAUAAGAAAGUAGACGAAUACACGGACACAGAGCUGUACACGGGGGAGUCCCUGAGCCUCACUGACGAUUUAUUGUCCGGAUUGGGUACAGCUUGUAUUUCAGCCGGUAGGAGCCACGGCGGAUCGACGGACAAAAACCUCUACUCCGUCAUCUUCAAGUGCUUGGAGGCGGACAGUCUUUACAAGUUCAGUCUGAUUGCUGUGGAUACUCAUGGAAGACACUCGGCACAAAGUUUGGUGACCUUACGCACGGCUUGCUCAUUGGUGGAUGACAGUAAAGCUGAAGAAAUUGCAGACAGAAUUUACACUUUAUACAACGGUUACACCAGCGGGAAGGAGCAGCAGAUCGCCUACAACACAUUGAUGGAGGUAUCUGCGUCAAUGCUUCUUCGAGUCCAGCAUCAUUAUAACACGCUGUAUGAGAAGUUCGGGGACUUUGUAUGGAGAAGUGAAGAUGAGCUGGGACCCCGUAAAGCCCACCUGGUUCUUCGAAGACUUGAAAAAGUCAGCAGCCACUGCUCCGGACUUCUACGAAGCACACACAUCCAACGCCGGAUAGACAACAUUCCUUACCUGAUCUGCCACAGCGAAGACCUGCGAACCUCAGGCUUUGUUUUGUACAGCAUUUUAAAAGACAGUAAAUUUACAUGCGAAGAGAAAAUGGUGUCCAUGCCUCGGAACACUUAUGGUGACUCUAAAGGCCGAUAAUCGCGGCCGAGGAAGCCAACCUUGCUCUGGAAGGACUGGCAAGAGCAUCAAUGGUCAUGCCAGGGUAAUGUCAUUAAAGCAGCCAAGAAAUGGUGAACGUCGUAGUGACUUUUAUUCCUCGAGGACGGAUAAGGUGCUAUGGAGACACAUAACUCAUUUUUAAAAAUCCUUAAAAAAGACCAAGAAACCUUUUUUUUAAAUAAAUAUUUUGUUAAUUCCCAUGAAGAGUACCAGCAAAGCCACUACUACACCAUGUACUCCUUGGACGGAGGUGUGACAAAUCUUCUAUUUUUUUCGUUGCCUUUUAAUUUUCCAAUUAGUGUGGAAAUGAUGCAGGGAAUUUUCUAUUUUUUGUUUUCUUGCUUUUUGUAGUUCACUUAAACCUGCUCAGUCCUGUGCAUAUAGUACUACAACCGGUGUGCAUUAAACAUCUUCCUACAAUACAA